CACUGUCCUACGCCAUCAUGAUAGCCUGGUUAAAGAUUUUUUUCCCAAUAUCACUUUCCUUCUGUGGGCCUAACCCGUGACAAAACCAACUAAGCCGUUAUUGUCCCCCUCCACAAAGAUGGAAUCCAGUCAUUCCAUUGUAAAUCACAGUUUCUGGGUUAGUUUGUUGUAAACCCAACUUUAAGCCAUGGCUUAGCAAGAAAGAGUCUCUCUUUCUAAGCGCCAGGCUCAGAAGGGCCUUGAAAUGGCCACUGAUUCUCCCAAACCCAGUGCAGGACUGGCUCGGCUCGGCUCUAGAGGGAGCGAUGAAGAAGCGAUGAGUAGCUCCUGAGCAUGUUCAGAGGGCCAUUUGUCAGGAUCACAAACACAGGAAGAGACAGACGUGGGCCGGCUGACGCGGGCUGUCGAGCAGGUAACCGAGUGCCCUGCCUUUGGCCACCGGGUUUUCUCCAGACCUUGGGGUGAAGCUCCCAUCAUCCCCAGCCAACAUAGCCAUAGGAGUUGUGAUCCAGCAGUCUUGGGACCGACGCUGCUACAAACAGGCAUUGUAAUGUAAUGGAUCUCCACGAGAGGGCAAGCGAAGACUGGAAAAGGGAAAGAGACCCUGUUGUGUAGUUCGAAGUCAACAACGAGGGGGCGGUUAAGAAAAAGUUAGACCUGAACCACGAAACUUAGCCAUGGAACACUUUUCCUUCACUUAAAAGUCAAGGCUGCCGUCUUGGGAGCGUUACUCUGCUGCUGCUGCUUCUGUUAGUGUCUCUGAGCACAUACAGAAUGCAUUUCUAGAAUGAGCUCUGGAAGCUGACUUCAGUAUCGGGGAUCCCUUUUUUAAAAGACAAGUGAAUCGCUGCCGUUGAGCCAACGUUGCUCCCCCCCCCAUUUUUUUAAUACGCUAUUCGGGCACAAACGGUUCACAACCCUCAGGAGAAGGUUAGGCUCUCAAGAACGCGCAUCUCGACCGGCUGGUGCAGGAGGGAUGACAUUUGGUUGAGAAAGGCUGCCGCAGAGCUCGGGGUUCUUUUUGGCUCAGUUGCAAAAAGGUAUUUUUCACCCACAUGCCCUCCUUUUGUGCCUGUGAUGCGAUGCCAGGUGUUUAGGCAAACCCUCAAUCUCCAUCUCUGUUUCUCAAGAGAGGGAGGCUGUAAUUCACUUCUUAAUUACAGUUUUCAGCCAAUUUAGCUGGGCCCCUAACCCUUCCCCAGCUCCAGCCCCACAUGCUGUUUGAAGAAACCAUAAGGCCUUGGAUUUAAUGAGCAGGUGUGGAGAAGAUGUUUACCAAACGCCUGGGUCUCAAAUCUCCUCUCUUAGGGACUAGGAUCUUGUUAAUGUGGUGCUGAAUUUCACCCCCUUGGGGCUCUGAUUUCGGCAGAGACAGAUGCAGAAGUAAAAAACGGAGCUGGUGCCGGGAGAAGGGGUGUUUCUGUAUUUCCCACCGGGCAAACCUGUGGCUAGUUUGGUGCAGCCCUCCCCCAGCUCCUCUGCCUGCCCCCCUUUUUAUCGUUGGUCCUUAAUUUAGCCCGGGGAAGGGUGCUCGAGUUCGCGUGCCUCCUUGGAGUCUGUUAGAAACCUGAGAACGCCAGAAUUAGGUGGCUCGGCUGAGCGCCCUCCUGUUAGUGAACCCAAUCUCUCCCCAGUCUAACCGCUAGACACCACUGCCUUCGGAGUCUUCCUUCCCCGCCAGAUGCUUUGCAUCCUUGGGGAAGCCUUAUUCAACCCCUUCUGCCCCCCCCGGGACACUUCUUCCGUGUGGCCCCAGUUUCCUUUGUUACCUGAACAGCUGGCAUCUGGCCUGCAGCGCCUGAUGCCACGCCUCUUACCUCUGCCAGGAAGGAACAAGACUUCCUCCUGUGUCAGGCGAGCAGGCUGGAUCCUGCAAUUGCAGGGCAAGCGUAGAAGAUGCUGCAGGCAGGAUUCCUCGACCCAGCCCGCUGCAGAAGUGUCGGACUUGGAGUCCCAUCAUCCACGCACCCUGUGGUGGGAGGGCCAGAAACCGUCCCCCUUGGGUGUCAGCUUGCUGCCUGAUCGCGUGAGCUGAGACUAAGGGAGCGGAUCUCACCUGGCGUGCGCAGGCCGCACCUCAUGCACAGGCUGCUGAGGACAGCGUGCCUCAGUUUUCUGUCUGUAGAAACAGGGUUAAUAAAGCAACCUCUGACGUAGGUUGGGGCACAGUCGAGCCACGUCCCUGGUUCAGUUCCGGACGUUUGCGAGGAGAGUCUUGGAAGAGCUUUCAUCUGAAAUCCUUUUAUGCAGGUUCGCGAUGUGGGAUUUCCUCCCUGGCCCAGAAGACGGGCAGCGAGGGCAAGGUUCUUGGUGUCCCACCUGCUGAACCUGCCAGGUCCCAAAAGUAGCCCUCGAAGGAUGGCGGUGCCCAACCUCAAUUCUACCCCAGAAAGUCAGGUGCAAGUUCGGUGCAGAUCCCAGACCCUCCCCGGUUGUGGCGAAGGUGCCAUGCUUGAUGUGGCUGCGGGAGCCGUUGGCUUCUGCCCUCCCUCUCCUCACUUCGCAGGUGUGCAAAACAGGAAACUGCCCCCCCCAGAUAAUAGGCGGGGAGGCUGUUCUUCCUUGGGUGCAACGUAAGGGGUCUAAGCAGAAGGGCCUUGGUGGGCCCCUCGCUUUCUAAUUCUGACCUUUAGCCACAGAGAGUUGGGGUUACCUGGUGGUCGAAGCAGGUGCUUCUCUGCCCAUCGUGGGUGCCGUGUUUAACCCCGCUUGCAAUUCCACAACCUAUAUGUCCUUGAGAAUGAAAUCUGGGAGUUGCAACUGCCUUGGAUUAAUUUCUGGGUGUUCCGCAUUGCCCAUGUCUGUUCCCUCACCUAGUGAGCUCAAAUGCACAGGCUUGCACGUUUUUGGGAGCCAUUUUUUUUUAAAGCUAUGUACGUAUGUGCCUAAAAUGAUAGCCUUGAGGCACCUUGUAGAUUUGGCACCGCGUUCUGGUUCUUUUCCAGAUGGGCUGGGUGGCUGGGAUGAUGGGAGUCGUCCUCCGGCGUGUCUGGAGGGCCCCAUGUUGGGGAGGGCUGGACCUUCUAUUUCCAGCAAGUUGCACGUUGUAGCCCUGGUGCGUGCACACUGCACCCUCACCACAAGCAGUCGCGCAUGGAGGUUGCUGGGGGCCUCUGCUUGUGCUCAGCUGCAGCGGAUGAAUGAUUAACCUGCAGGCACCUUUGCUCUCACCUGGAAACGGUGCCACAGGUGCUCCCCCCCCCUUCCUCUCCAUCUGCCUGCCCUUCCCAGUCUGGCAGGUUUCUCACAUGGAAUAUUAAUGUUUGCACGGCUUUGUUCUUUGUGGUCUCCUUCCCUCCGCGCCGCUGGGAGGGACGGCCGGUUUCCCAACUGCAAGAGGCAGCCCAUGCAGAAGCCGCCCACCCCUUCCUGCCUGCCUGCCCCACGCCCUGCUUGCACCUGGCAACCCUUUGCUGCCCGAGGCCUGGCGGCUGGCGCCAUUGGGUCCAACCUGUCCCGCGCCAACGAGUUCUGGUUCCCCGGGGCCACUGCCUGGCUCCUCACUUGCCCUCCAAGACCGGGGACUCCUUCCUCCGCAGCCACCACGUCACGCCAGGCGAGGGGAGAUCCCCAGGAACGAAGCCCUCUUCUGCCCCCAAAUCUUAGCCGUCCCCUUCUGCAGAGUCGCGGUCCACACCAUGGCGGGAGCGUAGCCGUACCCCCCCACCAGCCGCGCCUCGUGGCCCAAGACGCCGCAUGGGCCCGGUGUGGGGGGGGAGCCAGCCAAUGAGAAAGCAGCGAGGGGAGCAUGUUCCUCCUCUGCAUUAUAUGUGGCUGUGACCGCAGGAGGCUUUAGACCAGAGAAGGUCUAAACUAGCAGCGGCUGGGGGGGCGCCCGUCGCUUGGAUCUGGGGGGGUGGAGGGUGGGGAACGAAGACGCAUCCACUGCGGCAGAAAGACUGGAUGCAUCGCACGUUGGAACAGUUGGGGGUCCGUGCUGGGCGGGACCCUUUUUCUAUCGGCAACCUGGGCUGUAGCGGAGCCUGGAGUUCGUGCCAUUCUCGCCCAUGGCUCCCGGGGGGCAGGUGCUCUGCCAGUGCCGUCCAGCCUCCGCUGCCCCUGCCGUUGCCGCCCAGCCAUGGUGCUAACUUGGGGCAGUACAGCAAAGGCUACUUCUCCCCUGGGAAUCUGCCCCCACGUCCCCUGCAUGGGAAGCUGGAGGCCAUCCAUGGCUGCGUCCAAGCUCUGCUGCGGGACCAGGGCCAGCCUCAUCUCUGGGAGCAGCUGGGUGAGAUCUACGAGUCGGAGCAAGACUGCGAGGAGGCUGUUCGGUGCUACCAAAACGCUGCCCGACACCAGCGCGACUAUGGGAGCUACGGAGAAAUGCAUGCCCGGAUUGGGCGGCUACAGCAGGCUCAGCUGUGGAAUUUCCAUUCGGGGGGAUCAUCUCAUCACCGGCACAAAGUUUUACCCCCCCUGCAGCAAGUCUGGAACCUUUUACAUCUUGAGAAGAGGAAUUUCUCUGCCAAGCGCAACCCCCAGCUCAAGAGGCCUGGCCCGCCCAUGGAGCCCCCCGUGGUCCAGCCCGUCCCUCCGGUCCAGCACCCCGCCCACCCAGGGCACAGCGAAGAGAUGCCCGCUCCCAUGAAGAGACGGAGGAGCACCAGUCCCGACCAGAAUGGUGGUAACGGGGCAGGCCAGCACCUGUCCGGUCCCGGAGCCCCUGGCAAUCCCCACUAUCAGCUGCCUAAACCUGGAUUAUGGAACCCCCUCCAUGGAGACUUGUGGGGCCAAGAACGCAAGAACGUGGCUGCCCCAGAGAGACAAGAGCAGAGGAACCCAGUGGCACAUUCCUUCCCGUACCCGUCUCCCGCUUACAGCUCCCAUCCGCCCCCACACCGCCUGCCGGCCAUGGCACCCAGCCCCCGCACACCGCCAGCACACCGCGCCCCCCUCGAGACCCACAGCUGCUCGGCCCGGCCCAACGGAAGUGACCUUAGAGAUGGCCGAGUUCCCCGGGUGCGUCCAGACUCCACCACCACACCAGCAACGUCCGCCUGCGUGCCUUAUGCCCCGCGCCCGACCCCGGGAGGACCCACCACCACCAGCAAGACCACCUCACGGGGGCAGCUGACCUCUGAAAGCCUUGUAAGUGGCCAGGCAGAGCCCCAAGGCGCUGCUGUAUCGCACUGGCAGGUUUUUCAGAGGCCUUGCCAGGGGGCGGGAUUGAAAGGGGGGCAGCAGCCCGGGGGGGAGACCCCAGCCGAACGGAGGUCUCCCGUCAAGAAGGAGGAGGGCCCGGUCGGUUCGGUCUCCACCAUGGUGUGCUCCGCCGACCUGCUCAAGCUGCGCUCCUUCACGGAGGGCCCUCCCAAGGAGCUGAAGAUCCGGCUUAUCAAAGUGGAGAGCGGGGACAAGGAGACAUUCAUCGCCUCCGAGGUCGAGGAGCGGCGCAUCCCGCUGAGUGAGCUGACCAUCAACCAUUCGGCCGCAGAGGUCGUGCGGGCCAGCAAGCACGCCAAGGUGAAAGGAAAAUUUAAGGAAUCUUACUUGUCCCCCAGCCACUCCGUCAAACCGCAGAUCAACGUGGACGAAAAGCUCCCGCGGGAUAAGCUCAGCCCCCCAACUCCGAGCAUCUACUUGGAGAGCAAACGAGAUGCUUUUUCUCCUGUGCUGCUGCAAUUCUGCACCGACCCCAAGAACCCCAUCACGGUCAUCCGGGGUCUGGCCGGAUCUCUUCGCCUCAAUCUGGGGCUGUUCAGCACAAAGACUCUGGUGGAGGCGAGUGGGGAGCACGCCGUGGAAGUUCGCACUCAGGUGCAGCAGCCGUCCGACGAGAACUGGGACCUCUCGGGGACCAAGCAAGUUUGGCCUUGCGAGAGCAGCCGGUCACACACCACCAUCGCCAAGUAUGCCCAGUACCAAGCUGCCUCGUUCCAGGAGUCGCUUCAGGAGGACAAAGAGACGGAUGACGAGGAGGCCGAGGAACCUGACAGCACCACAGAGACGCCCCCCAGCAAUGCCGACCAGAAGCCUCAUCAGAUAAUCAAGUUUGGGACCAACAUCGACCUCUCGGAUGCCAAGCGAUGGAAACCGCAGCUGCAGGAACUGCUAAAGCUUCCAGCUUUUAUGCGAGUCACAUCAACGGGGAACAUGUUGAGUCACGUGGGUCACACCAUUCUGGGCAUGAAUACUGUGCAACUGUACAUGAAGGUCCCGGGUAGCCGUACUCCAGGUCAUCAGGAGAACAACAACUUCUGCUCCGUGAAUAUCAACAUUGGGCCCGGGGACUGUGAGUGGUUUGCUGUCCACGAACAUUACUGGCAGAGCAUCAGUGCCUUCUGUGACAGGCAUGGGGUAGAUUAUCUCACCGGCUCCUGGUGGCCCAUCCUAGAAGACCUUUACCAGUCCAAUAUCCCCGUCUACCGCUUCAUCCAGCGCCCUGGAGACCUUGUGUGGAUUAACGCCGGGACUGUGCAUUGGGUCCAGGCCACGGGAUGGUGUAACAAUAUCGCUUGGAAUGUCGGUCCUCUGACAGCUUACCAGUACCAGCUGGCACUAGAACGCUACGAAUGGAACGAGGUGAAGAACGUGAAGUCCAUCGUGCCAAUGAUCCACGUCUCCUGGAAUGUCGCUCGCACAGUCAAGAUCAGUGACUCUGACUUGUACAAAAUGAUCAAGUACUGCCUGAUGCAGUCCAUCAAGCACUGCCAGGUCCAGCGUGAGAGUCUUGUCCGAUCAGGGAAGAAGAUUGCUUACCAGGGAAGGGUAAAGGAUGAGCCAGCCUACUACUGCAACGAAUGUGACGUGGAGGUGUUCAACAUCCUCUUUGUGACCAGUGAAAAUGGCAGCAAAAACACCUACCUGGUGCACUGUGAGGCUUGUGCCCGGAAGCGAAGUUCCUCCCUGCACGGAGUCGUGGUGCUCGAGCAGUAUAAGACCGAAGAACUGAUCAGCAUCUAUGACAGCUUCGCCCUGGCUGCGUCGCCUAGUUCAAGAUGAGCCAUAUCACGCCCGGGCGCAGAUGUCUGGGCUAAUCUUUCUGUGCUAGUUUCUCCCACUCCCACUGUGAGUGUUGGGGCGGAAGCUGCUGUACCCCCUUCCUCCCUCAAGAAGGAGCCGAGUGUCCGACCCCAUCCAUCGCCUCUCACGCCCGUCCUGAGCUGGAGCAACACGGAACCGGCACAGCCUGUUUCCCCGACGGACCCUUUUUAAUUUAUUCUUCAAAACGAACCUCCUUUUUUUCCCCCCCCUGGGUGGUGCUGAUUUUUUUAAUGAAAAGAGAAAAAAGAAGAAAAAAAAUCCUGAAUUAAAAAGGGUGAAGAACAGUGGAGUUUGAUCGAAACGGGGAACUCCUUUCCUAGCGGGAUCGGGAACUGUGUCCCUGUUCGCCUCGAACUUCGGCGUGCCUGACUUCCCCUUGGACAAGCAUCGUGCGCUCGGAGGGAAGAGAGAAGACGGGAGCGCAGCCCUUCACUGAGCAUUAAGUUCUUCUCGUGCUUUCUCCCCACGGCGGAGAGCAGAUUUGCGGAACAGAGACAGCGGGUGGUUCAUCUGGGCUGCCUGGUGCGGUUUUUCGUUUAAUUACAUUUUUCUUGUUGGAAAUUUUAAGAAAAAGGUUUGGAAAACAAAAAACACAAGCAAGCAAGCAAAAAAA